AUGGCGGCUGCUCAGAGAGUUCAGAGAGAACUGAAAGAAAUGCAGAAGGACCCUCCUUCCUCCUGCAGCGCUGGGCCUGUGGGCGAAGAUAUAUUCCACUGGCGAGCCACCAUUAUCGGGCCGUCGGGCAGCCCAUUUUCCGGUGGGAUAUUCGCUUUGGAUAUUCAUUUCCCACCGGACUAUCCAUUUAAACCACCCACUGUGUUUUUUAAAACAAAGAUUUACCAUCCAAACAUCAAUGGAAAUGGCACUAUUUGUCUGGAUAUCCUCAAAAAUCAGUGGAGCCCUGCCCUUACUAUAUCAAAGGUGUUGUUGUCCAUAGGCUCUUUGUUGACCGAUCCAAACCCGGAUGACCCAUUAGAAGAACAGAUUGCUAGAAUCUACAAGGAAAAUAAAGCCCAGUAUGAAGAAACUGCUCGGAAAUGGACCCAAACCUAUGCCAUAUAA